UUAACCUCCCUGGCGGUAUUCCCGAGUGUAGCUCGGGGUAAAGUUUCGGCACCACAAGUGGUAACCCCGAGCUACACUCGGGAAUACACUGCAGCGUUGCUCCGGGAUCUCUUCACUUACCUUGUCCUUCGCUCCCGCGAUGUCCCUCCGGCAGUGUCCCCGGCAAUGUCCUCCGGCCUAUGCCGGUGUCCGUCUUCUGGGUUACGCUCCCUGCGACGUCAGGACGUACGGGGGACAGAACGGCGGGAAAUUUGAAAAUGACAAAAAGUGACAUUCACUAAAAUCACAUAGUAUAACAUUACUGUAUCAAACCAUUUCACAUACAU